GGCCUCACUGAGCGGUUGGCAGUAACAUCGCGGCGCCAACGGCCUCGAGUGGCAGACCGCGCGGUGGGCGGCGGUCCCGAGGGUGUGCGGCCGGAGAGGCUCAGUCCACUCCCCGGAGGGGCUGCCGCCCCGCCCCCUUCCCAGUCUUCCUCCUUCACUCCCCUCUCCCGGGUUCGUGCUCCUGGCGCUUAGUGAAGCGGCGAGGGCGCGGGGUACUCGCGGAGGCGGUGGCGUCGCCCCCUCGCUCGGGCCCGCCCCCUCGCGCCCCGCCCCGUCCCCGCCCUCCCCGGCGCCCUCUGCGGGAGCCCGGCAACUGCAGCGGAGCCGCGGAGCGGGCGGCGGGGCCGGGACUGUGCGCUGGGGGAGCUCCUAAUGUGAGGCUCGGUGGGCCGCAGCGAGCACGGACGCUCGGACGGGCGAGGGGCGGCGAGCCCUCGAGGACGCUCGGCCGCGCGCCGGGCCGGGGACUCGCGCUCUCGCUCGCCCUUGUGUGCUCCCCGCGCCCUCCAGCGCGCCGGCGGGACCAUGAAGAAGUUCUCUCGGAUGCCUAAGUCUGAGGGCGGCAGCGGCGGCGGAGCGGCGGGUGGCGGGGCCGGCGGGGCCGGCUCCGGUGGCUCAUCGGUGGGGGUCCGGGUCUUCGCGGUCGGCCGCUACCAGGUCACCCUGGAGGAGUCCCUGGCCGAAGGUGGAUUCUCCACAGUUUUCCUGGUGCGGACUAAUAGUGGAGUCCGAUGUGCAUUGAAGCGAAUGUAUGUCAAUAACAUGCCAGACCUCAACAUUUGUAAAAGGGAAAUUACCAUAAUGAAAGAGCUAUCUGGUCACAAAAAUAUCGUGGGUUAUUUGGACUGUGCUGUUAAUUCCAUUAGUGAUAAUGUAUGGGAAGUGCUCAUCUUAAUGGAAUAUUGUCGAUCUGGACAGGUAGUGAAUCAGAUGAAUAAGAAGCUGCAGACAGGUUUUACGGAAUCAGAAGUGUUGCAAAUAUUCUGUGAUACCUGUGAAGCUGUUGCAAGGUUGCAUCAGUGUAAGACUCCGAUAAUUCACCGGGAUCUGAAGGUAGAAAAUAUUUUGUUGAAUGAUGGUGGAAACUAUGUACUUUGUGACUUUGGCAGUGCCACUAAUAAAUUUCUUAAUCCUCAAAAAGAUGGAGUUAAUACAGUAGAAGAAGAAAUUAAAAAGUAUACGACUUUGUCAUACAGAGCCCCUGAAAUGAUCAACCUUUAUGGAGGGAAACCCAUCACCACCAAGGCUGAUAUCUGGGCACUGGGAUGUUUACUCUAUAAACUUUGUUUCUUCACUCUUCCUUUUGGUGAGAGUCAGGUUGCCAUCUGUGAUGGCAGCUUCACCAUCCCAGACAAUUCUCGUUACUCCCAUAACAUACAUUGCUUAAUAAGGUUCAUGCUUGAACCAGAUCCAGAGUGUAGACCUGAUAUAUUUCAAGUGUCAUAUUUUGCAUUUAAAUUUGCCAAAAAGGAUUGUCCAAUCUCCAACAUCAAUAAUUCUUCUAUUCCUUCAGCUCUUCCUGAACCGAUGACAGCUAGUGAAGCAGCUACUAGGAGAAACCAAAUAAAAGCCAGAAUAACAGAUACCAUUGGACCAACAGAAACCUCAAUUGCACCAAGACAAAGACCAAAGGCCAACUCUACUACUGCCACUCCUAGUGUGCUGACCAUUCAAAGUUCAGUAACACCUGUUAAAGUCCUUGCUCCUGGUGAAUUCAGUAACCACAGACCAAAAGGAGCACUGAGACCUGGAAAUGACCCUGAAAUUUUAUUGGAUCAGGGAUCUCCUCAGCAGCCACCACAGCAGCAUAGAGUACUUCAACAACUACAACAGGGAGAUUGGAGAUUACAGCAACUUCAUUUACAGCAUCGUCAUCCUCACCAGCAGCAACAGCAGCAUCAGCAGCAUCAACUACUUCAGGAUGCUUAUAUGCAGCAGUAUCAACGUGCAGUGCAGCAGCAACAGAUAUUUCAACAACAGUUUUUAAUGCAUUCAGUAUAUCAGUCACAACCUUCUGCAUCGCAGUAUCCUACAAUGAUGCAGCAGUAUCAGCAGGCUUUUUUGCAGCAACAGAUGCUAUCUCAACAUCAGCAGUCUCAGCAACAGACAUCACCUGAAUAUCUUACCUCUCCUCAGGAGUUCUCAUCAGCCUUAGUUUCUUACACUUCGUCACUUCCAGCUCAAGUUGGAACCAUAAUGGACUCCUCUUACAGUGCCAAUAGGUCAGUUGCUGAUAAAGAUGUAGUUGCAAAUUUUACAAAUCAGAAGAACAUCAGUAACCCACCUGAUAUGUCAGGGUGGAAUCCUUUUGGAGAGGAUAAUUUCUCCAAGUUGACAGAAGAGGAACUGCUGGACAGAGAGUUUGACCUUCUAAGAUCAAACAGGUUCGAGGAGAGAGCAUCCUCAGAUAAGAAUGUAGACCCACUCUCUGCUCCACAUAACCAUCCUCCAGAAGAUCCUUUUGGUUCUGUUCCUUUCAUUUCUCAUUCAGGUUCUCCUGAAAAGAAAGUUGAACAUUUGCCCAUGAGUCAAGAAAAUAGCACUGCAAACCCUGUCAGGAACAGAAAAGCAAGCCCAGUAUCUAAAGAGCAGCGGUCUGGAAAGAAAACCUCAGAGAAUUCAUCAGUACAGGGUCAAGUACAAAAGGGGAAUGAUGAAUCUGAAAGUGAUUUUGAAUCAGAUCCCCCUUCUCCUAAGAGUAGUGAAGAGGAAGAACAGGAGGAUGAAGAAGUUCUUCAGGGAGAACAAGGAGAUUUUAAUGAUGAUGAUACUGAACCAGAAAAUCUGGGUCAUAGGCCUCUCCUUAUGGAUUCUGAAGAUGAGGAAGAAGAAGAGAAACAUAGUUCUGAUUCUGAUUAUGAGCAGGCUAAAGCAAAGUACAGUGAGGUAAGCCCUGUAUACAGAGACGAGUCUGGCAGUGGACCAACCCAAGAUCCUAAUACAACACUUCUCACCCCAAUGCAAUCACCCUCUGAUGUUGGGCUGGAGACUCCCAAACAGGAGUUUGAUGUAUUUGGUGCUGUCCCCUUCUUCGCAGUGCCUGCUCAACCUCAGCAAGGAGAGGAUGAAAAGAACCUCUCACAGAGGUUUCCUACUGUGGGACUACAGCAAGAGGAAUUUGAUGUAUUCACAAAGGCGCCCUUUAGCAGGAAAGUGAAUGUACAAGACUGCCGUGCGGUAGGGCCUGAUGCACAUACUCUCCCUGAUUGUCCCAAAAGUGUAGAUAUAUUUGGCUCCACUCCAUUUCAGCCCUUUCCCACAUCAACAAACAAAAGUGAAAGUAAUGAGGACCUUUUUGGGCUUGUGCCCUUUGAGGAAAUAACUGGGGGUGAGCAGCAAAAGGUCAAACAGCGCAGCUUACAGAAACUGUCCUCUCGCCAAAGGCGCACAAAGCAGGACAUGUCCAAAAGUAAUGGGAAGCGGCACCAUGGCACGCCAACUAGCACAAAGAAGACUUUGAAGCCUACCUACCGCACUCCGGAGAGGGCUCGGAGGCACAAAAAAGUGGGCCGCCGAGACUCUCAAAGCAGCAAUGAAUUUUUAACCAUCUCGGACUCCAAGGAGAACAUCAGCGUUGCUCUGACUGACGGGAAGGACAGAGGAAAUGUCCUACAAUCUGAGGAGAGUCUGUUGGACCCCUUCGGUGCCAAGCCCUUCCAUCCUCCAGACCUGCCAUGGCACCCUUCACAUCAGGGCCUGAGCGACAUCCGUGCUGAUCAUAAUACUGUCCUACCUGGGCGGUCAAGACAGAAUUCACUACAUGGAUCAUUCCAUAGUGCAGAUGCAUUGAGAAUGGAUGAUUUUGGUGCUGUGCCCUUUACAGAACUUGUGGUGCAAAGCAUCACUCCACAUCAGUCCCAACAGUCCCAAUCAGUCGAAUUAGACCCAUUUGGUGCUGCUCCAUUUCCUUCUAAACAAUAGAUACUUCUGAUGGAGUCUUGGCAUUAACUCCUGUUUCAAAAAAGUAUGAAUAAUUUUAUGAAUUUUAAAGAAAAUUUAUUUGUAUAGCUCUUUAUAUCAUUCAUUCUUACAGGUCAAUCAGAAUAGGUGAUUUUUAAAUAAACCAAAUAGAAAAAGGAAGUAUCUCAACAGGGUAGUGACUUGAUGCCUCUUCCAAGUAAGAGAAAAGGGAGCUAAAUUGCAAGCUCUAACCAAGGGUUUCUGCUACUGACAUCACAGCACAGAAAUGCUUGUGUGGUACUUCCAGUGAAAGCACAUGGCACCAUUCCAGGCAGGUGUGUAGCCACUGAGAAGGAACAGUAAAACUGUCAUUAUUUUUGAUAUCAGAAUGUCACUUUUGUGUGCAUAUCCCAGGCUCAUUCCACAUCCAGCAUUUGAAACUAUAGUUAUUUGUACAUACACAGGUUGCAUUUGUGAAUUUUUAAAAGAUGUCUCCUAAUUUCCUCACAGUAAAAAACAAUCUAGCUCUCUUAAUUAGAAAGUUAUCUUGAGAGUGCAGAGAUUUCAGUCCGUACCCCUUUCUCUACAAAGCAGAGCCAGAAGUAACUGAAAAUUGUGCCUAAAACUGUUUUACUUUUAAAAACAAGUGCCAUUAAUAUGGAAUAUCUAAUAAGUGUGCAAAACAAUGCAUGUUAAUUAGCUCAAUUUAGCCAUUCCGCAAUGUAUACAUAUUUCAAAACAUGUACACAAUAAAUAUAUACAAUUUUUGUCAAAAAAUUUAAAAAUAUGGAAUAUCAACAUAGAAGUCUAGAACUAAAACAUAAUGAAAAAUAUAUGAUAUUUGAAAAACAAAAAAAUGAUAUAGAAGAAAAACUACUUUAGAAACACUUUAUAUUAUUUUUGAAUGGAUUUGUGCCCCAGGUUUUUGUCAUGUUCCUAAUAAAGCCGAUUACUGGAAAAACUGGGAGUGAGGACAAAGGUUAAACAGAAAUUUAUUUCAGAAAAAAAAGUAGCUGAAACCAUGAAUUUUUAAGAUGUUUACAAUGUAAAAAUCAUGUUGCAUUUAAUAAUGUACUUUAUUAUAUUACCACCUUCACCAAAUACUCCCCAAGUCAUAAGCAACGAUUAUUUUAGUUAGGUUUGGAGGCUGUAGUUUUAAUAAAGUGCACAGAACAGUGACACCCACAAAGCCUUAUAGGCAGGAUUCACAUGACCUGUUUCAAGUACCUCUGCGUUAAUAUACCAGAUCUUAAAACGGAUGUAAGGUAUCAGAUGAUAAGGGACUAGCAUUUUAACUCUGCUAGGCAAUUGUGUCUUUAGUGAAAAGAACCUAGCUACCAAAUUGCCUUUUUUUUUUUUAACACCACAAAUCUUAAUUAGAAAUUUGAGGUUGUAUAAAAAUUGUGUUUAGUGGUAGUAAUCACAUAACGUGAAUUAAUGUGAAUACCGUAUCUGUGCUUCCUGUGUCUCCAACUGUUUUAAGUUACAAUUAACUGUCCUUCCCUGUUAGAUUAACAUUUGGAAGUUUCUAGAACUCUUACAGCUAUUUACAAAAAGGAGUGGAAAGUCUUUUCAACUGGCACUCUCCUUGAUUGAUGUAAAGAGUAUUUUGAGUAAUCUUAUUAGAAUUUCCUAAUUAUAGUGCCCCAAUGGGAUAAGCUAUUUGACUAUUUUCACAGUUCUGAACUUUGAAAGAAGCAAAGUAUAUGUAACUAAACCAUAUGUUCAUUUUUUUUUUACUGCUUCUCUCAUAUGCUAAAUCAGAUACAAAUUUGUGGACAGAUAGGGAAGCAAUAUGUGAAUCAUAAUGUAGCACAGGCAGACCAAGCAUUACAUUACUAUUUAGAGUUAUAACUUUAGAGCUGGACUGCACCAAUUACUUGUCCUUGUGCCAAAGGCAAAUAUUGUGUUUGCACCUUUUUUUCUGAUUCUCAGGUUGAUUAAUAUGCUAAUGCAAAUGCUCAAGUAGAUGUUCUUUAGAACUUUAUAAAAUUGACUUAAAUGAUAUUUUCUUUUAAAAGUGAGGAGGUGAUGAUUACACAUAGUGAAUUCAUGAACUACAGUAGGUUUGUAUCAAACAGAAGAAUUUUUUUUUUUUUUUUAAUGAAAAUGUGUUGGUUGACAUGUACACAAUAAUGCUUCUUUGACUAUUUUAGUCCUUGGUCUCUGCUAGACCUCCUGAGUUGCAUCAUUUAGAAGGUGUAGUGGAUAAACUAAUGUGGUCUCCUUGGGAUGUAAACAUGAAAUACCUAGAGUUUUACUUGUUUUUCAGUACACUGUAUAAUUUUAAAUGAUUCACACACUGAUGUAGACCACUUGGCCUAUCAUGUUGGAUAAAUUCUGAGGAAACAACUCCAAUAUAGCUUAAAAUAUUUACAUUAUGUUUAUUAUAGCAUAGCCCAAUGACUUUCUUCUUUUGAGACUGUAGCUCAGAGGAAGAUUUAGGAUUCAAUUGGGGGAUCCAAUGGGAAUAGAAAUGGGGGGAUUCCUUUGUGUUGAAGUAGAGGCAUUUCUCCCAAGGAAAAAUGGAGUAUAGAUUUAUACUUUCCAUUUUUAUUGUUUCCCACCACCAUGGUCAAGGUGCAGGUCACUCCACACAGCUGAUGCCUAGGUAAUUCCCUUAUGAGAAUAAAGCUCCUAAGACAUGUGAAAGCACUUAACACAAUACCUGGCACACAGCAGUCAGAAAAAGUUUGGCUUUUCUGAGUAUGGGAUGGUCCAAUUCUGGUUUAAAGAAGGAAAGCAAAAUAAAUAAAUAAAAUGCAUAUAUGUAUUUUCCUGUUAUUAUUUGGGUGUCUCCUGUAAUUCUUUAGGAUGUGAAGUAGUCAUAACUUUAAACCUGUUAUACUUGAACAUCACUAAGGGAAGUAAAAUAUUAUGAAGUUAGCAAAAACCUGAGGCCAAAGUUGUUUCCUAACAGCUUUAAUAAUGCUUGAUUUUGAAUAAUCCUUUAAAAAGUGGACCAUUUGCUUAGUUAUUUUAACAUUAUCAUAUCAAUAAUAUGUUAGUAUAAAUAAGAUCAGCUUUUAUGGCACUGAAGAAUGUAUCUGCUAAGACAAAAAAUGCUUGAUAUAUAUAUUUGUUGGAGGAGAAAAGGCUGUAGGCUGGAUGAAAAUUUAACUGACUAGAAUAUUUAUUCAGAAGUAUAACCUCCCCUUCCGUCAACCCCUGUGUAUGUGUGUAUUUGGGCAUAGUUAUGACAUUAUCUGGAUUUCCAGAUAGAUGCACCUUUCAGUCCUACUCUGUUAUUGUUUAACAGUGAUAGACUGUUGUCCUCAUCUUGCUGGUGGAAAAUACUAAGGUGGAGCCCACUCUUCUAUGCUGAUGUUCAUCAGGCCGAGCAGUUUUCUUACUAUUCAGUUACUCUGCUUGGUUUAUUUUAGGUUUUGGUACUUCACAUAAGCACUGUUAGAAGGUACAAGUGUGUGAAUAUCACUAGUUCUAAGGAGUUUGGGUACAUUUAUUUUAAUAUAUGUAAAAUGUGCAGUGAACUUUUUCUCUCAUUUCCCCCCCCCCCCUUUUUAGCAAAACUACUCUUAUCAUUUUAGGUCCAAUUAUUGAGUUGACAGUCUACUGUGAGAAUGAAAUACAUAUCUACUGUGAGAAUAACAAAUGAUAGUUUAUUUGAAAACUUUUAUACUCCUUGGUGUUUUAUAUAUUAAGAUAAAAAUAUAAUACACACACAUGCAUGCACAGUUCACAUCUCUCUACUGUGGAGUUAAUGUGAAUUUUUUAAAAAUGGAAUUACAACCACAGUCAUAUCUAAAAGAACAUUCACUCCUAGUGAGGGUUUACAAAAGCCACUAAAAGAAUAAGGUAGAUGAAAAGGGUCAUUUGGGGUUAUUUUUGCUUCAUUUUAAAAGUUAUAGUGCUACUUUUGAAAGAGAAUUAUUUUUAUUACUACACUCUUUUGUGAUUGAAAAGUCAUCUUAAUAGUGAGCAGUAUAGAAGCUACUUUUUAAUUGCUGGCAAACAGCUUUAAGUGCACUUUCUUUGAUUACACUUCCAUUUUUUGUUAAACUUGAAUUUUCUGAAGCCUUUUAUGUACCACUAAGCAAAUAACUUUAACCUUUAAAUAAACCAAUUUACAUCUUUAUUAUAUUACUAAUUGUUAUAAAACAUACUUGCUAAAGUAACUUCAGUCCUCAAAUAUAGCUGGGAAACUUAUGAGAAUCAGUUGCUUUUUUUCCUUAUAUCUAAUUAAGCACUAACUGAUUUUACUACUUUAUUGCCUUUACAUUGCUUAUUCUUUUUAACUGAAUUCUGUUCCCGAUUCACUUUGUUUUGUUUGAAAUUUAA